AUGAUUACUGGCGGUGCAGCUGAUCAUGUUAUUUCCUUGUUUGAAUUAGCAAAAGGAAUGCAAAAUCAUAAUGUUACAUUUAUUACUGAACGAUUGGCCAAAUCCUACAUUGAUUUUCAAACGUAUCCUAAUUUAUCUUCAUUUCGUCUUCUUUAUACAAACGAUUCAAUUGAGAUAUUAGCUGAUCAAAAUAAAACAGUUAGAGGAAUGGUUGAAUAUUAUUUUAAUCAUUCCAUGUUGGAUAGUCUUACUCAUAUUAUGCCAGAACUAAUCCGAAUUCCAAAUGCUAUUACGAUUGAUCAAUCAGAUAUUGGACAAUCAUCAUUUGUUCCACCAUCUCUAUGGAAAUUAAUUAUCAAGACCGAAUAG